AUGAUUUUUGUAUUCAAAUGCGGAUUGCUCCAACCAGUUUGGCCACUUCCUCCAGCACCAGCACCCAAGGGAGUGUCCGCCGAGUGGCAGGACUCGUAUCCUGCUGACGGCAGGAUUGGCCCAACGCCCAUCGGUCAAGCUGUGUGCGAAUCCCAUCCAAAAUGGCCAAUGUCCCAUGUUCGCUCUUCGCUUUUUAUUACUACCAAACUCUUUGUUCGCUGGCCUCGACAAAGGGGUCAAUUCGAAAGGGCAACAGUUGAUGUUCAGGGCGCAUGUGUUGCGUCCUGGAAUGGGUGGCCAUUUUGUAGCCAGGACCAACCGAAUUAA